AUGGAGCGACUUGUGGAUCAAAUUCAACAUCACUUGAAUGAAUCUGCCGAUGAGCCUUUGAUUGUUGUUUUCCAGCAUAUGAAACCUCAAAAAUAUCGAGGUGAUUACUCAGUGCGUAGCUGUUGGUAUCAGACAAAGAUAUGGAUAAAUUCUACGUUGCCGCAGUCUAUUGAAUUUAAAUCCAGUUCUCAGCAAAGUUACUCUGUUAGAGAUGAGUUAGACAAAGGAAUUGCACUGUUUAAAACUAUUAGGGAUUUAGUUCAGUGCAUGCAAGAAUCCAGCUAUUGGAUUGCGGCAAAAUUGGUUAAUUUGGAACUUGACCGGGGAUGGUCAUACUUGGCAUGCAACAAGUGUAGUCGAAAGGUGGAAAAAGUUGGAAAUAGAUACUUUUGCGCCAAAUGCAAUGAAGAAGAAUCUUCUGUUACUCACAGGUAUAGGCUUCAAGUUCGUGUUAUGGAUGGAACCGCUUUUAUCUCAUUGUUUCUUUGGAAUCGCGAAGCUAUGCAACUUAUAGGAAAGUCCGCAAAAGAACAUAAGGAAAGAUUAUUUGAGACUUCACUUGCGGAUGCUGACUGUUCUUAUCCAAGUGAAAUGGACGAUAUUCUUUAUAAAAAAUUCAUGUUUAAGGUUAUUGUUAAGCAAGAGAAUAUUGAGUCACAGGUCGAAGUCUACAAAGUUCUUAAGUUUACUGAUGAUGAUGACCUUCUAAAGGAAUACGGCCAUACUUUAUUCGAAGACAAUAUGAAUGAUCUUAUGGCCGAAAGUCAGCUGAAGUCUGUUUUGCAAACUCCAAUAGAGAAAAGCGUAUCAGAAAGUGGAUCGUCGGUGUUAGAUGAUGGAGAUGCUUGCAAUGCAAAAAUAUCCCCUUUGAAGACAUAUGACAAGAAGACUAGAUCCGCUAAUAAGGCAUCAGCAGUAGGAGCAGAUGAUGACUUCAAUUCUCAACUGUCUAGCAACAAGGUUCACAGAGUCGUAAAGAAAGAAAAGAAUCUCUGA